AUGAGUAUCUUCAGCAUCUCGGUCCUGCUCCUUGGAUACUUGGCUUUCUCUGUCUCAACGAAAUGGAAUAUUCAACACCCCCAAACCCUCUACAGCUGGGAGGGGGCUUGUAUCUGGAUUCCCUGCCUUUACACAAUCCGAGAUGGCUCGAAGUCCCUGGAAAUCUUAACUGUGUACCACCAUUAUGAGUAUAAUAACACCACAAAGCAUUUUCAUGGGACCAUCCUCCACCAGUCCACCACAAAGACUUCUUCUCACGUGGAGAGGGUACAAUUCCUGGGCAACCUUCAAAACAACUGCAGCCUGCGCAUCCAGCCAGCGUACGUCAACGACAGUGGUCUGCUGGGACUGAGGAUGGAAACAAGUGGUGACAGAUGGAUGGAGAAAAUAAAACUCAACAUCUCUGAACGACCUUUUCCACCUCACAUUCAGCUCCCUCAGGAAAUCCGAGAAUCCCAGGAAGUCACUCUGACCUGCUUACUGAAUUUCACCUGCCCCGGGUACCCGGUCCAAUUACAGUGGUCCCUGGAGAAGCCAGCUGUCAACUCGGAGUCCCUGGACCCCAAGACUGCCUUCACAAAGAGCAAGCUCACGUUCCAGCCACAGUGGUCAGACCACGGGAAGAACGUGACCUGCCAGCUCAGAGACCUCAUCACGCAGCAGAUAUUGUCACAGGAAACGGUGCGGCUGGAUGUGAAGCACGUUCCGAAGCUGGAGCUGGAGGUCAGUCCCAGAGACGCCAUUGUAACAGAGGGGGAGUCUGUGACCAUGACGUGCCAUAUCCGGAGCAGCUACCCCAAACAGAAGACUAUCAUGUGGUUCAAGGAUUUUAAGCACCUGGAAAAUCAGGAGACGGACAUGCUAAUUCUGUCUAGGGUGACCAAGAAUGAUAGUGGAAAGUACCGCUGCCAGGUCUCAAAUGAUCUGGGCCAAGGAGAUUCAGAAGACGUGUCCCUCCAAGUGCUGUUUGCUCCAGAACCUUCCCGUGUUCAAAUUUCCCCCUUGCCAGCUAGAGAGGGAAAUUUGGUGAUCCUGACUUGCGUAUCAUCAGCUAAUCCUCCUCCGACAAACUACACAUGGUCUCACAACGGGAGAACAGUUCUGGGAAAGACAGAAGAGACUUUCCAGAUUCCAAAGAUCCUCCCCAGCCAUUCUGGGAGUUAUUCCUGCUUGGCAGAAAACAGUAUUGGUGCUGGACAGGUUGGGCAGAAAGCUGAGCUGGAUGUACAGUAUCUCCCCAAGGGAGUGACCUUGUCGAUUAAGAAUCCCACACCAAUUCGAGAAGGAGAUGAUGUGACCCUGGUCUGUAACUAUAAUUCCAGUAACCCUAAAGUUUCCAGAUAUGAAUGGGAGCCCCAAGCCUCCAAGAAUAAGUCAUUCCCUGAGGUUCUGACCAUUCAAAAAGUUCCCUGGAAUGUCAGGCCAGUCUCCUGUCAAGCCUGUAACUUCCAGUGUACGAAGUCUCCCUCUCUCUCCCUGGAAGUACAUUAUGCCCCCAGAGGCGUCAAGGUAAAGAAGAUCAGGCCCAGCGCUGAGAUUCGCUCUGGAGAGGAGGUCCUCCUUUGGUGUGAGUUCUCAGGCAGCCACCCUAAAGAUGUCCACUACUUCUGGAAGAAAAAUGGAAGCCUUCUGAAGGAAGGAAAGGAACUGAAGUUUGGCUCCAUCUCCCCUGAAGAUGCUGGUUAUUACAGCUGCUCGGUCAACAACUCCAUGGGACAGACCACAUCUGAGGCCUGGAUGCUCCAAGUGCUUUAUGCACCCAGGUGGCUACGGGUGUCCAUUGCCCCAAACAGCAGAGUGAUGGAAGGAAAGAAGGUAUUCCUGACAUGUGAGAGCGACGCCAAUCCUCCUAUCUUCCAGUACAUCUGGUUUGACCAGAACAACCAACAGCUCCAACACAUUGGCCAGACGCUGAGAUUGGAGUCUGCAAAGGUCCAGCACUCGGGUGCCUAUCGGUGCCGGGGAGUCAACAUGCUGGGUCUGGGUGACUCAACCCCCAGCACCCUCACUGUCUACUACAGUCCUGAAACCAUAGGCAGGAGGGCAGCUGUUGGGCUUGGGGCUUGCCUGUCCAUCUUCAUGCUGGCCUUCUGGGGAGUCAAGCUUCAAAAAAGUUGGAAGAAGAUUCAAGGUCAGCAGGGGCUUCAGGAAAACUCCAGCGGGCAGAGCUUCUUUGUGAGGAAUAAAAAGGCUAGGAGGGCUCGCCUCUCUGAAGGACCCCACUCCCUGGGAUGCUCUAAUCCAGCAAUGGAAGAUGGCAUUAGUUAUGCUGCCUUGCGCUUUCCUCUUGACGAUACUGAUGCAUCAAGCACUGGUGAUGUAGGCACAUCAGUCAGUAUCCCAAAUGGAGAAGACACUGUCACUUAUUCAGUGGUGCAAAAGCGUCGAGUGGAUGAUUAUGAAAAUGUGGCUCAAGCUAUUCCGGAAGAUGAGGGGCUACAUUACUCGGAGCUGGUUCAUUUUGGGGCUGGGGUGCGUCCUCCAACCAAGGAAGAAGUGGAAUAUGUGAAGCUCAAGCCCUGA